GUAAAAUACUUCUUACUUUUUAGGAGUGAAUGAUUUUAGUUUAUUGCUAGUUUUUCAUUUUUCAAAAAAUAACACUAUCAAUGAGGUUAAACAGUCUUUUUCUAUAGUGAUUUAUCAAACAUUUGAUAGGCUCAAAUAUUGGAUGUUAAAAUAAGAACAUUGUAGAAGAAGCAAGUUUAAAGAAAGAAAAAAUGAAGGGAAUUUGGAUAGAGUUGUCGAGAAGAGUUGUAAGACUCCCAAAUAAUAUUGUGAAUGGACGACUGUAUUGCUCUCCUCCUUCAUCUUCAUCUUCUUCUCUACCUCCCAAUAACAAACUCUUCGUAGCUGGUUUGUCAUGGUCUGUGGAUGAAAAAUCGCUUAGUGAUGCAUUCUCCUCUUUCGGGCAAGUAACAGAAGUAAGGAUAAUGUAUGAUAAAGAAACCGGCCGAUCAAGGGGGUUUGGGUUUGUUUACUUCUCAAAAGACGAAGAGGCCAGCAGUGCAAAAGACUCCAUGGAUGGGAAGGCUUUUCUAGGUCGUCCAUUGAGGGUAAGCUUUGCCCUUGAAAAGGUUCGUGGGGCACCUGUUGUUGUUCCUCGACUUACAGGCACAGGAAAUGCUGAUAGAAAAACUCGUUGAGUUUUGUUUGAGGAGUGUUUUUCUCCAGCAUUUUUUUCGGACAAUAUGUUAAUGGAUCAAUUACCUCCAUGGAUGCUUAAUAAAAGGCGUUUAUUCUUUGCAAAAGCUACCAGGAAAUGAAGCUAGUGCUGGGGUGAUCUUGUGGGAAUUCACAUUAUGUUGACUUGAGUUUGUACUUGCUAUACUACCAAAAAAACAAUUAGAAAUCUUAUGCUGCAACCAGGAAAUUGAUGCAGCGCUCUUUGUGUACCCUUCGUUUGUUGGUUAUAGUUAUACAGGUAUUAGUCACGUAAGAUUUAGUAAUUCAAGUUUUGCCUGCAUUAGUUAAGUGGGAUUGUAAAUUGAUAAUUAAACACCGUUCCUGAUAUGCUGAAUUUAUAUAUUUAUUCAUUAAUA